CGCUAUAUGCACAGAUAACAAAAAUACCAAACUGACAAAUCCUAAACAUAUAUGCAAGCUUCGAUUUUCAGUUUUGGAUCUUUACUGGGAAGUGCGCACUCGAUAAAGAUGGUGGUAUGCGUACCCUUUCAAAGGGGCUCCUGCCCAUUUGGAACACACUGCGUCAAUGAGCACAUAAAUAUCAAGCAAAUGGUCACCGAGGACGUGGAACUUGUCUUGAAAGGCGGGGUGUGGCCGCUAUCUGCUUACGGUCCCUUCAACGGCAGGGGCAACUUUCCCAACCACAUCCAGGAUCAAUCAUUUGAAGAAUGCCGUUUCGGGCAUUACGAGGCCAAACGGCAGGAUCGCCUCACUUUGUAUGAGGCACAGCAUACUCGCGAGGUUGAAUUAGCCACCUUGAAAAUGGCCAAUUUGCUUAAGAUGUCACCCCAGACACUGGAUACUUUGAUCAAAAUCUACCAACAGCCUAAUUCACAGCGAAAUAGUUGUUCUGUCGCAUUCGGUUCCAUCUUCGGAACGUCCGAGUCACCACGAUUGCUUGCCAGAGCCCACAGGCUCAACCCGAAGACUUCAGGCCAGACACAAUGCCAAGUUCAGCUUCAGAGCUUCCCAGGUUUUCAAACCAAAUCGAAUGCCACCUCAGGAAACGACAUUAAGGGGUCUUUUGGCGAGACACCAAGUGUUUUUAAGGCAUCUCAGCAGAUGCCCGCUUUUCCAGCGAGCAACAUCAAACAGCCGAUUCAGCCGCUGCCAUCAGGAUUCACUUUCGGGGCAUCCACGUGUCCAGUCAGCAGCACCACAGGCUUCGGGGCGACGCGUACCAUCCGGUGCGACACGUGCAACUCCAUAGUCGAAAAAUCCAUGAACGCGAGUGCGAACAAGGACGAACCGAAGGAGAAGUUCGGCAAGCUACCACCUGAACCGCAGAAGAUCAUGGAGUAUUUAGACAAGCAUGUGGUGGGUCAGGAAUUCGCCAAGAAGGUGCUAGCGGUGGCAGUCUAUAACCACUACAAGCGCAUUCAUUCCAACCUGCCACAGAGAAAGCCGACGAAGCAAGAAAAAGCCGAUAACGCCAUUGACACUCUAUCUCUUCACCAGUUAAGCAUCUCUGGUGACAGAUCUGUGCUCAACAGCACAUCCAAGGAAAAUGAUUUUAUCCGUUUUGGAAGCGGAGAAGGAUCGACCACGUUCAACUGGAAAUUGCCAGAUGUUAAGGCAAACGACGUUAUUCUGGAGAAGAGCAACAUUAUGAUGCUGGGCCCAACGGGAUCAGGAAAGACGCUAAUCGCUAAGAGCAUUGCCAAGUGCCUGGACGUACCCUUCGCCAUUUGUGACUGCACCACGUUGACGCAGGCGGGCUACGUGGGCGAGGAUAUCGAGAGCGUCCUCCUAAAGCUGCUCCAAGAUGCAAACAACGAUGUAGAACGCGCCCAAACUGGCAUUGUUUUCUUGGAUGAGGUGGACAAGAUCUGUGCUCUCUCUGGAACCAAGCAGCGUCGAGACAUUGGCGGCGAGGGCGUCCAACAGGGAAUGCUUAAGAUACUGGAAGGCACCGUAGUUAGCUUAACCGACCGGAGUCAACUGCUUAGCAAGAAGGUCCAAAUGGACACCACAAACAUUCUGUUCGUGGCCUCCGGCGCCUACACAGGUCUGGACAAGAUCAUCGCGAGACGCCUCAACGAGAAGGAUACUGACGUCGCCCCAACCAGCGGAGCCCGUCCCCCAGACGCAGACCAGCAGACGCGGGAUAAGUGCCUGACCAAAGUGCAGGCAUGCGACCUUGUUGAGUUCGGCAUGAUACCGGAGUUCGUUGGUCGUUUCCCGAUAUUAGUGCCCUUUCACAGUUUGAAUGCCAAUAUGCUUGUUCGCAUUCUCACCGAACCGCGCAGUGCUCUGGUGUCGCAGUACAAGGCACUGUUGCGCUUGGAUGGUGUGGACCUUACCUUUUCCGAGGACGCCUUAGAAUCGGUGGCCCAGCUAGCCAUAGAGAUGAACACGGGAGCUCGCGGAUUGCGCUCCAUAAUGGAGCAACUGCUGCUAGAUCCCAUGUUCUCAGUGCCUGGCUCAGACAUUCGGGGCGUUCACAUAACCGCCGACAAUGUUAGGGGUAAGGCCAAACCCGAGUACCGACGCACUAAGGACAAGUCACCUUUCGAGUCUAAUGUUAUGAAUGCCCCAGCUGCCGUGUCCAAUGCCACGGACAACCCAGUGUCCGGGGACAAUGCGAAGGAGACAGAUGCCAAACCAAUUGAAACUCAAGUGAAGUGAAGUCGACUUACCAAGUUGGUCUUCCACCUAUAAUUCUUUCCAAAUGUAUUUAAUCUUUAUGAUAAUCCAGUGUCUCUUAUUUACCUAAAUACUUUGUAUAUUUAAGCGAAUGAACGCUAACUAUUUUAUGUA